GUUUAUUAUUGAAACACAAUGCAUUCAAUGAGUUGUUGCAUCAAUUGACUGAAUCAUUUUCUUUUCUUUAAAAGGAAAAUGUCUAAUAACAGCUCUGUUGCUGUUGGCUCUUUCCAGCAGCAGAUAAGCUUCCGUGUUUUGCUCGUUCAGAUUUUGGUGGCUAUUUUUCUGUGCAUCAACAUGUUGCUCAUUGUGACGUUCUUCAAGAAGGAGUGCUUCCACACCAGCACUCGGUAUAUUUUAUUUGCUGUGAUGUUGAUGUCGGACAGUUUUGUGCUAAUCCUAUCUAAUGUUUUGGUAAUUAUCAACUUUCUUCAGUUCACCAUACAGGUGUGGUUGUGUACCGUCAUUUCCAUUGUCACGUUGCUCUAUGUUGCGGUCACACCUGUGACUCUGACAGCUAUGACUCUGGAGCGUUACGUGGCCAUUUGCCUGCCACUGCGGCACGCAGAGCUCUGCUCCACACGCAGGUCAAUGCACUGCAUCCUCGUCAUUCACGGUAUCAGCUCCGUUCCCUCCAUGUUGAAUCUCUCCAUAUUCUUUGCAACGGCGUCGUUGGGCCUUUACGAACAAAGGGCGUUGUGUUCAGUGGAGAUAUUUAUUUUACAACCGUGGCAACGUCACUUUAGGUCUGCCAUAAGUCAACUUUACUUUUUCAUCAUGUGCAUCAUCUUAGUUUUCUGCUAUAUUCAGAUUGUCAAAGUGGCCAAAGCUGCAUCUGGAGAGAAUAAACAAUCGACACAGAAAGGAAUGAGAACCGUGAUUCUUCACGCCUUCCAGCUGUUGCUCUGCCUCAUCCUGCUAUGGAACCCGUUCACUGAAGCUGCUGCGCUUAAAGUUGAUGUUAAUUUAUUUUUGAAUAUCCGAUAUUUUAAUUACAUAGUAUUUAGCCUCGCACCGAGAUGUCUGAGUCCUCUGAUUUAUGGGCUCAGGGAUGAAAUGUUUUUUCUUGCACUUAAAAAUUAUAUUUGCUUCUGUUUUCGUAAAAGAUUCACAGUCUGAGUUAAAUUACCUAGAAGUACAGAAAAGAUUGAAUUAUAUUAUUAUUAUUACUAUUACGCUCUGUGGUUUUGCUUUUAUUUUUAUGCAUAAUUUGUUCUAAAUUGUAAGAAAUUAACAAAAGUUUUAAAUUAUAAUUACAUUCCUAAAUCUUUUCUCCCAUGAGUUGCUUGCAUGUUUCUAAAUAAUUGUUUUCCAAUCAGUUCAUGCAGUUCUACAUUUUGAAAUACGACGACAGUGCAGCUCUGUACAAUUAUUCCAGCACAAUAGGCAAGUCUAUUAUUUAUUACUUCUGCUGCUAAAAUAAGAAAACAAUUAUCUCUGGCUUCAUGAUAGAUGGACUUUAAAUUGCAGAAACAGCAUGAAAGGGAAUGUACUGCAACCUUUUUUAAAACUUUAUAUUCCUUUAUCUCAGUAAACCUUGACACAAACCUUGCAGAUUAGAGCCAUGAUCUCGCUCUAAUCUGCCAGAUCAUGAUAAAGUUCACUCUCUCUUUUUAAAAAUCAUUGUGACAUCUGUAAUACAAUUAGAAUUUUUACAGAAAUAAAAAUAAACUCGGAAUCAAAAACUUUUCAAUCGAAUAGUCUGUUUUGCGAGUUCUCAUUAGCUCAGUUAUGUCUCAACCUUUGCUUUAUAAACAAGAUCAAAUCAUCACAGCUUUGGGAAAAUGUGAAAAGGCAACACAAAUCUUUGAAAAAAAAAUCCCCACAAAAG